AUGACCAUCGAGAAGCCAACCAAGAUGGCCCCCGAGCCGUGCUGCAGCUGCGGCCACCUGCCCAGCAAUGGCAAGGACGAUGUGCCAAGCCGCCGCGCACCGUUCCGCCCAGAGGUGCGCGACACAAUCACAUCCGUAAUCGACGGGCUCAAGGACGAGCUCACUGACGUGUCGUUGUACAUCCACGCCAACCCCGAACUGGCAUACAAGGAGGAAAAGGCGCACGCCAAGCUGUGCGCAUACCUCGCAUCCAAGGGGUUCACUGUACACCAGAUUCCCGAGGUGCCCACGGCAUUCAAAGUAUCGUACACGCGUGGAGUGGGGGGACGUACCUUUGGCUUGAACUCAGAGUACGACGCACUUCCCGACAUUGGACAUGCUUGCGGACAUAACCUCAUUGCGAUAUGUGGUGUCGGUUCCCUUCUUGCAAUGCAGAAGGCGAUGGACGAGCAUGACAUUGACGGGACCGUCGUGCUCAUCGGCACACCGGCCGAAGAGGGUGCGGGCGGAAAAGUCGACCUCUUGAACGCAGGCGCUUAUGACGGUAUCGGCGCAUGCAUGAUGCUCCACCCCGGACAAGGGGGGGAGGAGUCGGGCGGCGCCAUCAUCCGCUCCCUCGCAUACCAGGGCAUCACCGCAGAGUACAAGGGCAAGCCAGCGCAUGCCGGCCUGUCGCCAUGGGAAGGUGUCAACGCCCUCGAUGCCGCUUGUACGGCUUACGUCGGCAUCUCGGCUAUGCGGCAGCAGUUCAAGCCCGACGUACGUGUCCAGGGCGUGAUUACCGAUGGCGGUGGCACUGCGCCUAAUAUCAUUCCCGAGCGCUCCGCCAUGCAAUACCUCGUCCGGGCGCCCACCGCAGCUGAUCUCGAAAUCGUCUCCAACAGAGUCGGCAAGUGCUUCGAGGGUGCGGCACUCCAGACUGGAUGCGACGUCAAGAUCGACCGCGAGGUACUCAUGUUCGAGCUGCGCAACGACAAGGCCUUAUCUCACGAGUACGCACAAGUCAUGUCUGAGAUGUGGGACAUUCCCGUCCGUGUUCUCCUCAGCCAGAGCAUGGGUGCCUCGACAGACUUUGGUAACGUCACAUUUGCGAUGCCCGCCUGUCACCCGAUGUACAUGAUUCCGGCCAAGGGCGGCAACCACACGUACGAGUUCACGGCCGCGACCAAGACGGAGCGCGCACACCAAGAGAGCUUCAAGGCCAUGGGCGCAAUGGCUGCCGUCGGCCUCCGUUUCCUCGCCGACGACAUCUUUGCCAUGGACGUCCAGUCGACGUGGGAGACCAACAUGCAGGAGGUCAAGGAAGAGGCGGCGCGUAUUGAGAAGAAGUAG